GCGGUCCGGUGCAGCGGAGCGGCAGAACGCGGCGGACCGGACAGAAAGCGUUCCUCCGUGUGGCUCCGUGGAACCGUGGAUGGCCCGUUAACCGAGCAGAGGAACGACCUCCUUUAAGCGGAUAUUUUUUAACUUUUACCGGAGACCGGAGCUGAACAUGAAGUAUAAAAACCUGAUGGCCAAAGCGUUGUACGACAACGUGCCCGAGUCCCCCGAGGAGCUGGCCUUCCGUAAGGGGGACAUCCUGACCGUCAUUGAGCAGAACACCGGCGGCCUGGAGGGCUGGUGGCUCUGCUCCCUGCACGGCCGCCAAGGUAUCGCUCCCGGGAACCGCCUGAAGCUGCUGAUCGGACCCAUGUUCGAGGCUCAGCCAUCGGCCGCCAGCGCCGCCCAGUCACCCCCUCAGAGCUUCCAGCAGAAGGCUGCUUCUGGAGCUUCAGGGCUCUACCACAUGCCUUCAUCCAUGCAGAGUCCACAGCAGCAGCAGCAGCAGCAGCAGCAGCAGAGCAUCUACCAGGUUCCUCCAGGACAGGAAGUCUACCAGGUCCCACCAAGGAGCACAUUAGCUGCUGAUAAAACACCAAACAAGGUGGUGACCCCGACCAGAGUGGGACAGUCCUACUGCUACGGCCCCGGACAGCACAGCCAGCAGGACCUCUACGACGUCCCACCCAGCAGGUCCCAGGGGGUCUACGAUAUUCCACCUGGUCAGAUGUUCUCGGGUCAACCAGCCGGAGCCAGAAACCAGGGAGUCUACGAUGUUCCUCCGUCACAAAUGGACCUCAGGACACAAGGAGUUUACGACAUACCUCCGUCCUCACAAGGGGUCUACUCAGUGCCUCCCUGCAGGACUAAUCCGGCCGUCCAGGAGGGGAACUACGACUUCCCGCAGCCUCUCAAGCACAAGCAGGAAGGCAUCUACGACGUCCCUCCAGCUGCCCUCACCAAGCCAGCACAGAGCCCCCAGUCCCUCUACGACUUCCCCCCCAGCUCCGACCCUUCUGCCCACCACCAACACCCAAACACCAACAGCAACGAAGGCAUCUACGACGUCCCUCCACCCACCCUUCAUUCGGGGGCGGGGUCUCAGCAGGACGUGUACGACAUCCCCCGCGGCGUCCAGCCCUCCCAGCACAGAGAUCCCAGUAAAGGAAUCUACGACAUCCCGGCUCCGGUGGCUGACGUGACGGACGGCGUCAACCGACUGUCCUUCUCCAGCACCGGCAGCACUCGCAGCAGCAUGUCCACCUCCUCGUCCUCCACCGGCUCCAGCUCAGAGGGCCGCCUCGCCCUGGACCUGGACGUCGCCGUGCAGAGGUUGUUCCGCCUGCAGCAAGCAGUGGAGGUCUCUGUCGGGGCUCUCCACUCAAUGGCAGCUUCGCCUCACUGGAGGACUUUUCCCUUCAUGGAGCGCCACGCCAACGACGUCCGCACGGUGCUGGACCGAGUCCGAGCCGCUCUGGGAGACUUCGUCGUGUUCGGUAGAGGAGCUGCCGCUAAUGCCACGUCUCUGUCGGACUCCAGCCUGCACAGUAAGCUCAGGAGGCAGCUGGGACGCCUGGAGGACUCGCAGCAGAUCCUCCUGCAGAUCUACCAGGUCCUGGAGAACUGUAGCUGGGCCCUGAACGCCCUGGCCUCGUCUGGAAAGCACCACAACAAGACGGACGACCUGGACCGCUUCGUCAUGGUCUCCAGGACGGUCCCCGACGACGCCAAGCAGCUGGCCUCCACGAUAGGCAGCAACGCCGAGCUGCUGUUCAGGAGGACGCACCUGGACGGCUCGUUCUCUGUAGGCAGCUCACCUGACGAGAACCUCAUCCACCCGCUGACCUCCCCCUCCUCAGAGAACGACAACUAUGGAGGUCAGACCAAACCCUUCCCGGUUCCCUCCAGACAGGACAAAGACAACAUGAACAACAGCGAGAAGUGUGUGAAGAGCUGGAUGGAGGACUACGACUACGUUCAUCUGCAGGGCAAAGAAGACUUUGAACGUCAACAGAAGGAGCUGCUGGAGAAAGAAAACAUCAUCAAGCAGAGUCAGGUUCAGCUGGGUCAGGAACAGAUCAAUCAGUUCAAGAAGCUGGAGCAGGAAGUGAUCAAACCCGUGGAGAACGACAUCACCCAGUGGAUUUCACACCAACGUUCUGGUCUGUCCUCGGCCUCCCCGGACUCCUCCAUCAGCCCCUCCACCCCGGUCUGCUCCAGGGACCGCCAGCUGCUCGGCUUCUACUCCGAACAGUGCGAGCAGCACUUCGUCACGCUGCUCAGCGCCGUCGACGCCUUCUUCGGCUGCGUCGGCGCCGGCCAGCCUCCUCGCAUCUUCGUGGCUCACAGCAAGUUCGUGAUCCUCAGCGCCCACAAGCUGGUGUUCAUCGGAGACACUCUGUCCCGGCAGGCCUCGGUCCCGGAGGUGGCCAACAGGGUGAUGAACUCCAGCAACGUGCUGUGUGACCUGCUGAAGACGGUGGUGGCCGCCACUAAGACGGCCGCUCUGAACUACCCCAACACCGCCGCCAUCCAGGAGAUGGUGGACCGAGUCACCGACCUGUCCCACCACGCUCAGCAGUUCAAAGAGCAGCUGCUGCAGAUGGCCAGCUUGUGAUUGUCAGCAAGCCGCUCCUGAACAUUUCACCGUUUGUACAUGAAUCUGGCAUAAAUCUAUAUAUUUGCAGUAUAAAUAUGUUGCCGUCAUCCUCAGCCUGGUCUAGACGCUGUAAAUAGUCUCCGUUGUGUAAAUAGCUGCUCUAUUUUUGUGUAGAUUGUUUUAUAUUAUGGGAUAGAUGCAGUACUGCUGUCUCCGUAGAUCUGUGGACAUUUUUCAUAACAUUCCCGUUGCGUAUAGCGAAGCACCUUAUGAGAUGUCCUGUUUUCUUUUGAGCUGUAUGAUGUUUUGUGUGACGGUAAACCUCCUGUAAAUCAGCGUCAUGUGGAGCUCCACAGAGUAAACGACUCUUCUAAGCCGA